UGUGUUAAUGAAAAAGGAAGCGAGUGACAACUAAAACGGUUUAUUGCUAAAAAUGGCAUUUCGUGCGUAAAUUUCGUAAUAUUCGUGAUUUACUUUGUCGGGAACUAUUGUGUUUUUAUAAGAACAUAACAUGAUGUACAGACUAAUUUGGGUGCUUAUUUUCACGCUGGUCGUGAAUUGUUAUGGACAAAAUAAUGAUACAGGUACAGGGGUGUCAAAUGGACCCGAUGCAGUUACAGAUGGAACUGAUGAAAAAACGGCGCUUCAGAAAGGAAUGGAGGGCGUUUUUACCCUCAAUCACAAUUUCCUUGACACUGUGAUGUCUAGCAACUUCUACGAAGAAUCUGACAAAUUUAGUGUGCAGGACCUUAUACGUGUGGUGAACCAGACAGAUUUUGGGUACCUGCAGAACCAUUGGCGAGAUAUUGUGGCCACAUUUGGAGGCUAUGCAGGAUGUAUUAUCAUGGGUCAAAUAUUUUUGAUAUUCAUGCCGAUCGUGGGUUGUUUGUACUGCUGCUGCCACUGCUGUUGUCAUAAGUGCGGGGGAACGAGGGAGCCAAAGGACCCUGCACACGCCUCGUGUAAACGAUGGACUCUCUUUUUCCUGCUGUUUACCUGUGCCACGAUGGUGCUUGCGGGAUGCAUCAUUCUGUUUCUGGGUGGGGAGCUUUUACAUCGGUCUCUUAGCAAUGAGGACAACACCAGCAUGUUGGGAAGGAUUGAUUCCAGCCUCAUCAAAGUGGAUCAGUUUGUCAACCAAACAAUUGUGGAAGUAAGACAGGAAAUAAAAAAUGAAGUCGUUAACAAAGGCAUUGUAAAAAUCAAGCCUGAAAUUCAAGGGGCGGCACAAAGGGCGGUGGAUAAUAUAGAGGGUGUUAUAAAUGCCUCUUCUUUGCUAAAAGAGGCUGACACCCUUGGACAAGAUGCUAAGAAUGCAUUGACACAGCUUGAACAACUGGACAAAUCAUUGUCCAAACUAAAAAGUCUGCAAAUCAACAUCUCGACUGAAUUACGAGAUAUCAGUGCUGCAAUUAACCAAACAUGCCCUCCUGGACAAUGUCAAGGGAUUAAUGCAUCAGUGCUUACAUUUAAUCCUGACUUUUCUGCACUUAAUAAUCUGCAAAAUAAAGCAAGUCAAGUUAGGCAAGCCAACAAUAUCACCGAUUUGGUUAAAGAAGCCAAAAAAGAAUUCAUUAAAACGAAAGAACAUUUGGAUGGUGAUAUCGCCAAGGAAUUAAAUAGUACGGAUGCUACAGUUAAUAAUUUGAAUAAGACUGUUCACGACCAACUGAAGAAGCUGGAUGAUCUAACCAAACCAUUGUCUGAUGCAUUGACAAAUGCACAUAAUGACAUUGAAGAUUUGAAGCCGACAUUUCAAGAUAUUGGAAAGUACAUUUGGUAUUCCUGUGUGGGAAUGGGCUGUGUGGUGCUGUUAGUGGUUGUCUUCUACUAUAUGGGCUUGUUAUUUGGUUGGUGUGGGGAGAGACCCAGUCACAACGCCAACUGCUGUAACCGUGGAACCGCGGCUAAUCUGCUCUGCACAGGCAUAUGCUGCUCGUUCCUGUUCUGCUGGUUGCUGAUGUUGAUCGUAAUCCUGCUGUUUUCUACGGGCGGCCUCACUUACAGCUUGUUUUGUAAAUAUGUUGGAAAUGGACUGGAGAAUGUUAAUGUGUUUGAAAAUGUAUUGAGAGAUGGGUUUAACUUCAAUAUCAACCAAGGUUUUGAAGGAAUGCAAAACCUCAGUCUGUCAGGAAUAUUUGAAAAGUGCAAAAACAACAAAGCAAUCUACGAGGCCGUCAAUCUGAAAUACAUUUUAGAUAUUGAUGAUGUGGUCAAUAUUUCGGAUAUUGUUCAAGAUGUUAACAAAAUCAAGAAUCAGAAUUUAAGCCUGCCCGAUAUUACCCUUCUCUCCAAUGAUUUAAAAACGCAACUGGAAAAAUUUCGCAAUGCUCAACUAGAAAAUGUUGACUAUUCUGAGUACCAGGUUGAGCUUGAUAAACCACUACUGAAAGAGGUGGAUUUGCCCAAACUCAUCGAGAAACUAAGAAAUGCUUCAAUCGUCUUCUCUAAACCAGACCUAAGUGAUUCUGCAAAUCAAUUGAAAAGCCUACAGGACAAGGAGCUAGCAGCAGUUAAAAAUGAAACGGUGAAACUUAAAUCCUCAAUCCAAGAAUUACAACGACAGAAUGGAUCAUCUGUCGAUCAACUGAUAUCCCAAAUCAAUGCUUCACAAAACUCUUACAACACAAAUAAAACAACUAUUGCAAAGGAGCAACUGGGUAAUGCCGUGGUUGCCAUUGUUGAUAUUGUGAAUGGCACAUUUGAAACGGUCAAAGACUUUGUAAAGUAUGAAAUGGGCAAGUGUAGGCCCCUGUAUGAUGACGCCAGUCAGUUGGUUGAUGCCGUCUGUCUCUACACCGUUGACCCUCUAAAUGCCAUCUGGUUUGGUCUCGGAUGGUGCCUAUUCUUUUACAUUCCAUGCUUCAUUUUCGCCGCCAUUCUUGCUGGCCUUUACAAGAGGCAAGAGCCCUAUGAGAAAGACAUGCCGUUUGACGAAAUUCAACAGCCAUACAAUGGCUACGCUCGCAAUGAUGAGCAAAUGCAGCUGACCAGCAUGGAUGGAAAUAAGGGAGGCAACCGUAACAGCGGCGUUCACAACAACGGUUACCAAGGUAGAGAACCAUCACAUGACUCUCGUUACUAUAGGGAGGACUACAAUAGUCCUUCUCGUGACCCCUAUGCCAGGGGUAAUGAGUAUGCCCAGCCCCAUGCCCCGUCCGCCCGGCCUGACCUGCCCCCCAGAUACCCUGGGAACGGGUACAACUCAGGUGGGCAAAGACAAGGCUAUUACUAACCCUGCAUAGUCAAUGGGUGGAGAUAAAGCUCCCUAUUAGAUACCAGCCAAACAGAACAUUCCUCGCAUUUCUACAAGUUUGUAAUCAGCCAAUCAGAAAAUGUGGUCUACAUUGCUAACAUUUGGCAUAGCCAAUCAGUGCCAACAUUCUGCAGUGGGCCAUGUUUUUGAAAAUUUUUUUAUUAUACAAGUUUCAGGAUUAGUUUUGCUAGUUGUAAAUACCUAUUUUGUUAAAUAACUUACAGAGUUUAGCCAACUGUCUUGUCCAUUUGUGUUGUAGAUUGUUAUAACAAUAUUGUCAUCCUAUUUGUUGAUGAUCUAGGUGCAUUUAGUGUCAUACGAUUGGUGUGCAAAUACAAUACAUGUAUCGUAGCAAAUUUUCAUUAUUAUUGAUGUGCAAUUUCAAAAUUUGAGCAUUAAGGCACUAAGUGUCUGGUAUUUGCAAAACAAAGGAGUUCUUGCUGUCAAAAUUAACUAUUCUUUAAUUUUAAGGUAGUUGAAUAUUGUAUUUAAGAUUGUAAAGAGGCAUUAUAAUAUUUUUUGAGCUGGUUCAAGGUAAAAAAAUACAUGAAAUACCAGUUUAUAUCAACAUGGCAUUUCCACUGCUGUUCCAUGCCAUUUAUCUGGCACAAACAAACCACUUUUCUGACAGGGAAUUUCUAGCAUUUAAUUUAAAAACAACAACAAUAAUUGUGCAAUCUACAUGACUUUUGAGAUGUGUAGUUUUUAGACCUAUCUUGUUUAUGGACUGGUCUCUUUCAUACUAGGAUUAUACUAAAUACAGCAGUUGCUCCUGUUGAAAUUUUCUCUCUAAUAACACUACUACUAAAUCAUUUUUGUAUGAAAUAUUGUUUUUUUCCCACUGUAUCAUAAGAACUUUUUUGUUAAUGGUUAUGUUUUUGUUAUAAAUGUUGUAAACAUUCAAUCAUCCAAAGAAAUCCAAGACUCGCAUAAUGUUUGAUCUUUCAAUACUAGGAAGUCGUGUGAUAUAUUGAUGGAGACUCAGCUGGCAUUUUGUCCAGCAAUUUUAUGAUAAUCAUGUAGUCUGCUAGUAACUAAGCUCUACAGUAAGGGCUCAGCAGACAUAAGUCCUUUUAUUUAAUGCUCUGUGGUGCUUUAUAGAGAUUUAUCAGUGAAAUUGUAAUGUUAAUUCACUGUUUCAAUCAGUGAAAAUAUCAAUUUGAUAUUUUUCAUUUUGAAAAUGUACACCUUUCUGCUAUUCAAAACAUACAUCAGUGUGCACUGAACUUGGACGUAAUAUCAACAAUGUUAUUUCCUUAGUGACGCUAUGUGUGCACACAGUUUAGCUUGCUUUUCUAUUUAAAUGCAGUUUAAUGACUUUUAAUACUUAUUUUAUGCAUACAAUGAAAAAAAACAAUUCUGUGAUUCUGUGAAAGAUCACAAUAUAUUUCUACUUGCAAACACCAAAUGUGAAUAUUUCACUGGUGGCUAUGCCACUCUUGAAAUAUAACUUUUGGUACUCACUCGGUGAAAUAUAUUGAACUGAAAAAAAUAAUUCCCUUCCUUAUAGUUUGAUAUGGAGUAACAUCCAUCUUGUCCUGGGCCCUUAUAUUAAUAUCAUUUUAAUUUUUAGAAUUGUUUAUUCUAACAAACUAGUUUUACCCAUUAGAUCCCCUGAUAAUGAUCCAGUAAUAAACUCAUUCAUUUUGUUUUCAUGCGAUCUUUGUUUUGACCUUUGCAUGUGUAGUAUUCCUGUAUAUCAUGCAUGCCUCAUACCUUUAGUCAUGUAUAAUAUUUUUUUGCCAUAGUAUACUACUUGUAACUAAUAGAGCAUAAAAAAAAUUUGUAC